CUCCCUUCCCCCAGGUAUAAGAGCUGAGCUCAGGUGAGCUGGCUCCUCCAUCCCGUCUCUGCAGCUGCCAGCAGUCCUCCCUGCUCUAGGCAGAUCAUGAGCCAUCAGCUCCUGUGGGGCAGGCUAUAGGACAGACGACAAAAGUAACUCACCGGAGGACCAGUGAACCAGACACCAUGGGACAGUGUCGGUCAGCCAACGCUGAGGAUGUCCAAGAAUUCAGUGAUGUAGAGAGGGCCAUUGAGACUCUCAUCAAGAACUUCCAUCAGUACUCGGUGGAGGGCGGAAAGGAGACGCUGACCCCUACUGAACUCCGAGACCUGGUUACCCAGCAGCUGCCUCACCUCAUGCCGAGCAACUGUGGGCUAGAAGAGAAAAUUGCCAACCUGGGCAACUGUAAUGACUCGAAACUGGAGUUUGGAAGCUUCUGGGAGCUGAUUGGAGAAGCAGCCAAGAGUGUGAAGAUGGAGAGCCCUGUUGCUCGGAGCUGAGAGCUUCUGCUUGGAACUUGUUGGGGGUUUUGGGGGUAUUGGAGGUAGGGGAUUUUAGAGGUCCUGGGCAUGGAAAUAAAACUUCUCUCUACCCCUCCUCCCCCGCCAGCCCGCACCUCAUUGCAGUGAGGUGCAGGCUCAGGACAACCUUCCCUUGGGCUCUGUGCCCUCCUCUAGGGUGCUCUGAGGAGCUCCUGGGUCCAAA